AUGGUCGCGGGGAGCGGUGGAGACUCGGAGACAGGUGCGGGGCUGCCGGUUAAAAGUUGCUCUGCGCACGGUGGGCAACAGGGUCCCCGGAGCGGGCCGAGGACCCCCCACUCCCUGCCCCCGGCGUCGCCCACUUGUCACGCCAGGCUGCUGCGUGCUCUCGGCUGCAGGGGAGCCCUGGUUGCGGCGCUUCCUGGGCGGAUGGUUUGGACUUGCUGCGGCAGCUGCGGUUCUGCUGUGUCAUGCAAGAAGGAGGCGGCGCGGCGGCGGCGGCGGCGGCCGGAGCUGGAGGGGGAGGAGGGGAGGAACCUGAUCCUCGGUAGCGAAGGGCUGGAGGCAAACACCGAGCUCCCUCUGAGCCGCCCGGGAGCAGGGAGGGCUCUGCUACCCAGAGGGGCCCUCCCCGCGGGGCAGAGGGCGGGAAGGACUCGGCACGUACUUUGGAACGUGUGCCUGCCUCGAGGAGAGCCUCGAGGAUGUGGAAAAUUUCAAUCAAAUGAUGCUGUAGAACAUUGCCGGCAGCACACAGUCCCUGGAGCACCGCUGCUUUCAGUGUGGGACAACAAGAGUCGUCUUCAAACACCGAGGAGAGUUCCACGGACUGACCUCUUUUUGUUUUCAAAUGAAGAGGAGCCAAGAAUAGGACGCUUGGGAAGAUGGGAGCUAUUCCUGCCGCCAUGUCUGCCACCUGCCGCCAAGACACCUGCCAUGAGGAACUCUUACGCCUCUGGAGUCAUACGAUCAAGUAGUUCAUCCCAGCAGCAGAAAUGGAAUCAGGACAUGAAAGAAGAGGACACACCACGGAGCCAGGAGCAGGAAGCAGUGCCAAGGGGCAAAGGCCAGGGAGAAGCACAGAAGAUGAGCAGCUGCCGUCAGGAUGAGAGAGGACGUGUCUGGGAGGUGAGCCGGGAAUGGCAAAAAUAUGCCGGAAGCCUAAGCCUGGCUCUUGAAAAACUCGAAUGCUGGCAAAGCCCCAAGCUGGAUGUUGGGAAGCAUUUUGAGAACUACUGUUCACAGAGAGCCAGCAGCUUCCAGCACUUGGGAGACGGAGGCCAGGUGAUUAGUGAGUCAAAGACUGCGGCAGCUACAUGAAACCUUCUCUCGAAAUGAAAACUAACAAAAGAAAGCCAGCAGCAGUGAGGCCCUGAAUGUGUGGUGUGUAUAUGUGUAUGUCUUAAAAUAGACAUAGCAUGGAGUUUACCACUGGACACUUUCAAGUGUACAAUUUGAUGACAUAAAGUACAUGCCUGAUCUUGGACUGGAGAUGUAGGUCAUUGGUACAGCAUGUGCUUAGAAUACACCUGCCGUGGGUUCCAAGUAGUACUUUUUUUUUUAAGUGUGCUUACAAUCUUAUGCACCCAUUAUCACUAUCUACUUCCAAAAUUUUAUUUUGGUUAAGCAACAACUCCCCAUUAGAUUUUGCUUUCAUUAAUUUUGUGUUGUUAUAACGAAAUACCAGAGGCAGGUACUCUAAAGGAGAAAGGUUUAUUUAUCAGGAGUCUAGGGAUUCAAGAGCAUGAUCCUGCCAUCUGCCUAGUCUGUUGAGGACCUCGUGGUAGAUGGCUUCACAAUGGUGGAUGUGCAUGUCGAGGAGGUCACAUGGCAAGGUGGGAUUCAUUAACCCAGCAUCAAUCUGCAUAUGGGCAGAGCCUCCACAUCCUGAUUAUUUUUCACCAGGCUCUACUAUCUCAUUACCACCACACUGGGGACCUAGGCUCCAGUACAUGAACGACCCUCUGGGGGACUUCAAGAUACUGAACAAUGAGAUUGUGCCCCAGAGUUUCUGCCGGCAGAGUGAUGGUUAAUCUUAAUUGUCAGCUUGGUGGAAUUUAAAAUCACCAUGGUACCUCUGUGAGAGAUUAUGUAGACCAGCUCUACUGAGAGGGGAAGAUCCACCCCAAAGGUGGGUGACACUAUUCCGUGGGCUGGGAUACUCUCAGACUGAACACUACAGAGUAAGCAAACUGGACAGGAACAUUCAUGUCCCUCUGCAUCCUGACUGUGCCUGCAAUGUGAGCAGCCACCUCAAGCGCCUGCUGCCGUGCCUUGCCGUCAUCAAGGACCGUACUCUUUGGAACUAUGAGCAAAAAUAAGCCCCUCCUUCCUUCAGUUGCUCUUGGCGGGUGUUUGGUCAUGGUGCUGAGACAACUAACGCAGUUAGCCCGCUGCCGGUGAGAAUGCUGGGUGGAGCUUGUUUUGGUCGGUUGCUGUCGUUGUACACAUGGGGGAUGGUGGCAUGAAGGUCCUCAUGAGCUUCUUGGACCUUCUGUCUGGAAGGAGGUCGAUGUCAACUUCUUGGGCUGGUAGAACUGACUCCUCCUGGCCUGUAAGUGUUCCAGCGGCUGAGAGCAGUGCUAAGAAGCCAGCGUGAGUUACGUCAGGGCCAGGAGAUCCUUACAGAGAUCUUGUUAGAGGGAAGCCUUCUUCCCAAAUUAGUGGGACAUAAUCAUGGGAAGAACUAUUCAGGAGCCAGCUUCAACUUAAGUGAGAAAAAAACAUCCGAGUUUGAGAGAGAUGAGACAUUAUUUUUAUAAUAUUUUUAAUUUAUUCUUUGAGAAUUUCAUACAGGUAUACGAUGUGUUUUGAGCAUAUCCAUCCCAGUACCCCCCUCCAAAUCCCCUUAGGACUUCCCAGCAGGCCCUUGCUGACUACAUAUUCUUUACUUUUUUUCUUAAUAACCCACUGAGUCCAAUUACUGUUGUCCCUAUACAUACAUUUCUGAGGAUCAAAAAGAGCAGAUUGUAUAUCUUUUCACCAUGGAAAAAUUGACAGUUGUACUAAGUAAUUCAUGUUUGCCAGCUCAAUUUGGCUACUUUGCGAUAUGUAUAUAUUAAUUAUGUUCUACAUAAUAAAUAUUUGUAAUUGUUCAUUUAGGUACUAACUGUUUUUUUACCUUAAAUUUUUUGAUAAUUUCAUAGAUGAGUGCUGAAUCUACAUCAUUUCCACCCCACCUCUCUCACCUCCAAUGCCUCCCAUGCCCCCUACCCCUCUCAAAUUCAUGGCCUAUUCUUCUUUAUUAUUGUUACAUAUAUAU